AUGGCCAACCCCAACGACGCUACCAUCGACAUCCCUCUGACCACCGUCCCCAGUCGCGGCACCGGUGCCCGCAAGACCAACACCAAUACCCUCGCCUCGCCUGACAGCUAUCCCAAUGGCUCAAACGAUGAAAAGUCAGCGAAACGACCGGGUCCCGGUCGACGAAAAAAGACUGGCACAGGGGACUCAAUGACAAACGAGGAUAGCGAUGGAGCCCUCAACACCAUGGGAAGGAUAUAUUUUGCCGUUCUGAAUUUCUCAGUCAUCACUCGUUAUUUCAUCUAUGUCUCGCCAUUGGCGUUUUUGAUUGCUAUCCCUAUUAUUAUUGGUGCCACGGCGGCGCCGCAUGCAGCCAUUGGCGGUGUUAGAAUUGUUUGGUUUUUCACCUGGAUUGAAGUUGUCUGGAUCAGUUUGUGGGUUGCUAAACUGAUUGCACAUUUCUUGCCAUUUUUGUUUCAAUUUUUUGCCGGCUUUGUCAGCCCUGGAACGAAAAAGUAUGCUCUUAUCAUCAAGGCUUUGGAAAUUCCCCUGUCACUGGUGGGCUGGUGUAUUGUCUCGUUGGCUACGUUUAUUCCUAUCAUGACUCAGAACCCGACGCAGCGGGCGAAUGGCGACACAGGUGAGAAGAGCUGGGAGGCGACCGUCAAGCAGAUUUUGUUUGCUUUGCUUAUUUGUACCUUGAUCUUUUUGGCGGAAAAGGCUCUUAUUCAGUUGAUUUCUGUGAGCUACCACCGCAAGCAGUACGAACUGCGCAUCAAGGAGUCCAAGCACAAUGUCGACCUGCUGGGCCAUCUGUACGAUGCAUCCCGCGCCAUGUUCCCGGAAUACUGCAAGGAGUUUAUCGAAGAAGACGAAAUUAUUUCCGCGACCAUUCUCGCUGACAAGAAAAAGAGUCACAAGCGUGGAGACUCUGUUGCUCCGCUCCGCUUGAUUCGCAACGUUGGGCGCGGUGUCGGCCGUGUCGGCGACAAGGUCACCGCUGCGUUUGGUAAUGUUGCGCACGAGAUUACUGGCAAGAACAUUUUCGACACUGGAUCUGCUCAUUCGAUUGUUACUCAGGCAUUGGACAAACGCCAUGCUUCAGAAGCUCUUGCUAAGCGUAUCUGGAUGUCGUUUGUGGUCGAAGGACGCGACGCCUUGUAUGAAGAAGAUAUUGUCGAGGUUAUGGGCGCUCAACGCGAGGAGGAGGCUAGAGAGUGCUUCCAUAUUUUGGACCGCGAUGGAAAUGGCGACGUCAGUAUGGAAGAAAUGAUUCUUACUGUUGCAGAGUUUGGACGUGUCCGCAAGUCUAUUGCUCGAAGCAUGCACGAUGUCGACCAAGCCAUCCAUGUGCUGGACAGUUUACUGUUGACAGUAGCUUUGAUUGUCAUGAUUCUUGUUUUUGUUUCGUUUGUUACCACUGGAGCUGCCACUGUCAUUGCUGCUGGUGCUACAUCUUUGCUCUCUCUGUCUUUCGUUUUCUCAGUUACUGCUCAAGAAGUCCUCGGAUCUUGCGUUUUCCUGUUUGUCAAGCAUCCGUUUGACGUUGGUGACCGUGUCGAAAUCAACAGCCAGGAAUUGUUCGUCGAGGAGAUUUCCCUGUUGUAUACUGCUUUCCGCACCGUGGCCGAACAACGAGUUACGCAAGUCGCCAACAACGUCCUCAACACUUCAUGGAUUGACAAUGUCACCCGUUCCAAAGCCAUGCGCGAACGUAUCUCUCUCUUUGUCGAUUUCGGCACUACGUUCGCCGAUAUUCAGCUCUUGAAAAUCGAGAUGGAAAAGUUCGUCCGUGACAAAGACAACAACCGCGACUUCCAGCCUGACAUUGAAAUCGAAGUGAUCAGUGUCGGAAACAUGGACAAACUCGAGCUUCGUAUUGAGAUCCGCCAUAAAUCCAACUGGUCCAACGAAACGGUCCGCGCUGCGCGUCGAUCCAAAUUCAUGUGUGCUUUGGUCUUGGCUAUUAGGAAAGUGCCUAUCAUCGGUCCUGGCGGUGGUGGUGCUUCAUUGGGCGAUCCUUCAAACCCAUCGUACUCUGUCAGCAUCACCGACGAGAAGGCCAAAGAGUACCGCGAGAAGGCUGCUGAGAAGAAAGAGCAAGCUCGUUUGGUGCCUACAAGUGCUAUGAAGGAAUUCCAACAGACUCUGUCGCCAGAAGGAGCUUCGACUGGCGUUGAUACUGUCACAUCUACCGGUGGAUUGCAGCAACGCAGUGGGGGAUCAGUCAAGAAAAUGAGCGAAGUCGAUUUCGUCGAUGCUCUUAACAGCCGCCCUGCUGGCUACGACCUUGCGCGUCCUGAAGAAUCUGCGCAGUUGUAUCGCAUCCCUAGCGCUGCCAAUUCUGGAGUGAGCAACGAGAAUCAAUUGAGUCCCAUCCAGGACGUAAAUGAUGAACGUUCAUCACUCCUGCGCGCUCCGUCGUCGGGUCGUCGCAAGGCCAGUAACAACGUCCCAACCCUUCAUCAGCCCUCGCCCCUGCUCGUGCCUCCGUCAGUAACUGGCGCGAUUCCCGCGGCUCAAUCAACGCCCACGGAUCGCUACGAAAUUCCGAGCUACUAUUCCGCAGCGCCCCAGCCACUACCCCAGCAGCCAAGCCCUACCGGCGCAACUCCAUACGAAACUCCCUACGAGACAAACAAUCCAUACGCCGGAACUUAUGGACAUGCUUCUCCCACGCCCUCGACGGCCGCUAGCCAAUACCGACCUGCGCCACCACAAUACCAGUCUCCGCCGUCCGCAUCGAGUACCAGUCUCCCUCGCGCAGGUCAACCUCAGGCAGGCAAUGCAUUUGCCCAGCGUCAGACGCAACCGCAUCUACCAUCACCGCAAGUCGAUGAUGAUGAAAACUAA